AUGCCGGGGGAAGCUGCCCGCGCCGAGCUGCUGCUGCCGGAGGCGGGCGGAACAGGGCCCCGCACAGAUCUGUCCUGCGAUGCGGCUGCGGCUACCACCCCGAGGGGGGACCAGCUGGAGCACUGUGUCCUGACCCCUAAGCCCAGUGCCCUGGCUCUCACGUUCCUGCCCAGCAAGCCGGGUGCCCGGCCCCCGCCUGACGGAGCCAGCUGGGAUGCAGGGCCGGGACGCGUCCCCUCGGCCUGGGCAGUCCAGGCAGAGGGCGACCCCAGCCCAGGGCCCUCCGAGGUUCGGCCUGCUGAAGGUCCUCUCCCAGCCUCCCUGGAGCCCCGGAUUGUGAUGGGCGAGGAGACGUGCUGGGCAUCCCCACUGCCCAGGGCAGCCCUGCCAGAGCUCAGGGACUGGCAGGGUGGGCACACCAGCCUGAACCCGCCCCCCGAGUUGUGUUCUCAGGGUGACCCUCCUGUGCCUUUCCCUGCCCCCGACUCCGAUUCCUACUUCACACCCCCCUCCACCCCAACCGAGACAGCCUCCACCCUGCUCCCUGGCCCCGGGCCCCACGGGGAUGCCCAGGAUGAGCUGGGGAACUCACCACCAGCCUCGCCCUCAGGCUCCUACAUCACGGCGGACGGGGACAGCUGGGCCUCGUCUCCAUCCUGCUCCAUGAGCCUGCAGGCCCCGGAUGAAGGGCUGGAUGUGCCCUCAGGCUGGGGCUUCUCCCCACCUGGGUCUGUGGCCGAUGAGAGGGAGCUGCCCCCUGCCGGGACCCCGGACACCUCGUCCCCAGAGUCCAGCCUCUCAGCAGACAGCAGCUCUUCCUGGGGCCAGGAGGGCCACUUCUUCGAGCUGGACUUCCUGGCCAACGACCCGAUGAUCCCUGCUUCCCUCCUGCCCUUCCAGGGCAGCCUAAUCUUCCAGGUGGAGGCUGUCGAGGUGACCCCGCUGCCCCCUGAGGAAGAACAGGAGGAGCAGGCGGAGGAGGGCGAGGAGGAGGCCCCCAGCCCCAGCGGGGACCUGGCCGGGCAGGGCGAGGACGACAGCACGUUCGCGUCCUCGCUGCAGUCGCUGUCCGACCUGUCCAUCACUGAGGGCAUGGACGAGGCCUUCGCCUUCCGAGAUGACACCUCGGCCGCCUCCUCUGACCCUGACUCGGCCUCCUACGCAGGGGGUGACGAUGAGAGACUGUACAGCGGCGAGCCCCACGCACAGCCCACCACCCUGCUCCAGGACAGCCCUGGUGAGGCUGCCUCCUGGGGCCCCGAGCCCACUCUUGGGGUGUCCGAGGGAGAGGUUGGCCGGGCUGCCAAGAGCCAGGAACCCAUCUCCGAUAUAACGGGGGUGGGCCCCGCUCCAGGCCAGGUGUCCGCUGCUGCUAUGGCUCCUCACGUCCCACAGAAAGCCCCAGGCCUCACUGUGGUGACCCCUCGGGCCUGGGUAGCAGAGGCAGGCUCCACCAUGGGACCAGCACCUGUUGCCACAAUCACACCUCAGUCCCUGGAGGAGGAAGACGGCGCUGCCUUAGGCUUAGAGUCUCCAACUUCGAAGGGAGAGGCGGGCCUCGACUCUCUGCAGAACCUGAAGGAAGAAACAGGCCAGGGGUUUGCCGCUGCAGGCAGCCCUGAGCCCCAGCCAGGAGAAGUGGAACCGGCAGUAUCCCUGCCCCUGCAGGAUGCAGGCCUCCCCACUGGCCAGGGAUCUGCCCCCGAGGCCAGCCCUGAGCCCCAGCCGGAAGAAGUGGACCCGACGGCAUCCCUGCCCCUGCAGGAUGCAGGCCUCCCCUCUGGCCAGGGAUCUGCCCCCCAGGACAGCCCUGAGCCCCAGCCAGGAGAAGUGGACCCGACGGCAUCCUUGCCCCUGCAGGAUGCAGGCCUCCCCUCUGGCCAGGGAUCUGCCCCCCAGGACAGCCCCGAGCCCCAGCCAGGAGAAGUGGACCCGACGGCAUCCUUGCCCCUGCAGGAUGCAGGCCUCCCCUCUGGCCAGGGAUCUGCCCCCCAGGACAGCCCCGAGCCCCAGCCAGGAGAAGUGGACCUGAUGGCAUCCUUGCCCCUGCAGGAUGCAGGCCUCCCCUCUGGCCAGGGAUCUGCCCCCCAGGACAGCCCCGAGCCCCAGCCAGAAGAAGUGGACCUGACAGCAUUCCCGCCCCUGCAGGAUGCAGGCCUCCCCUCCGGGCAGGGAUCUGCCCCCCAGGACAGCCCCGAGCCCCAGCCAGAAGAAGUGGACCUGACAGCAUUCCCGCCCCUGCAGGAUGCAGGCCUCCCCUCCGGGCAGGGAUCUGCCCCCCAGGACAGCCCCGAGCCCCAGCCAGAAGAAGUGGACCUGACAGCAUUCCCGCCCCUGCAGGAUGCAGGCCUCCCCUCCGGGCAGGGAUCUGCCCCCCAGGACAGCCCCGAGCCCCAGCCAGAAGAAGUGGACCUGACAGCAUUCCCGCCCCUGCAGGAUGCAGGCCUCCCCUCCGGGCAGGGAUCUGCCCCCCAGGACAGCCCCGAGCCCCAGCCAGAAGAAGUGGACCUGACAGCAUUCCCGCCCCUGCAGGAUGCAGGCCUCCCCUCCGGGCAGGGAUCUGCCCCCCAGGACAGCCCCGAGCCCCAGCCAGGAGAAGUGGACCCGACAGCAUCCUUGCCCCUGCAGGAUGCAGGCCUCCCCUCUGGCCAGGGAUCUGCCCCCCAGGACAGCCCUGAGUCCCAGCCAGAAGAAGUGGACCUGACAGCAUUCCCGCCCCUGCAGGAUGCAGGCCUUCCUUCGAUCCAGGGAUCUGCCUCCGAGGCCAGCCCUGAGCCCCAGCCAGGAGAAGUGGACCCGACGGCAUCCUUGCCCCUGCAGGAUGCAGGCCUCCCCUCCAGCCACGGAUCUGCCCCCCAGGACAGCCCUGAGUCCCAGCCAGAAGAAGUGGACCUGACAGCAUUCCCGCCCCUGCAGGAUGCAGGCCUCCCCUCCAGCCACGGAUCUGCCCCCCAGGACAGCCCUGAGUCCCAGCCAGAAGAAGUGGACCUGACAGCAUUCCCGCCCCUGCAGGAUGCAGGCCUCCCCUCCAGCCACGGAUCUGCCCCCCAGGACAGCCCUGAGCCCCAGCCAGAAGAAGUGGACCUGACAGCAUUCCCGCCCCUGCAGGAUGCAGGCUUUCCUUCGAUCCAGGGAUCUGCCUCCGAGGCCAGCCCUGAGCCCCAGCCAGGAGAAGUGGACCCGACGGCAUCCUUGCCCCUGCAGGAUGCAGGCCUCCCCUCCGGCCAGGGAUCUGCCCCCCAGGACAGCCCCAAGCCCCAGCCAGAAGUGGACCCGACGGCAUCCUUGCCCCUGCAGGAUGCAGGCCUCCCCUCUAGCCAAGGAUCUGCCACCAAGGCCAGCCCUCAGGCCUUGCAGGCUGACACAGGCUACACCCUAGAGACAGAGCCCAUAGCCACCACAGCCCAACUAAAAGGAGGCAAGACUUUGGAACUGAGGCCAGCACCUGAGAAAAGGGACCCAGACCACAUCGGAGGAUCAGACUCUCUGGCCUUGGAUCAGAUCCAUCUGGGUGGCCUGGAGCCAGCUGCAGAUGCUCGGAUACCCUUGGACAGAGAUGCAGGCCCUUCCAAGCCUGCCACAGAGACCCCAGACACACCUGAGGCUGCCACGGAGGCCCCAGACACACCUGAGGCUGCCACGGAGGCCCCAGGCACACCUGAGGCUGCCACGGAGGCCCCAGGCACACCUGAGCCUGCCACGGAGGCCCCAGGCACACCUGAGCCUGCCACGGAGGCCCCAGGCACACCUGAGCCUGCCACGGAGGCCCCAGGCACACCUGAGCCUGCCACGGAGGCCCCAGGCACACCUGAGCCUGACUCCAGUGUGGAGGAAGUAGCCAAGGGCCUUUUGGCACCUGAGCAGGGAGCCUGUCCUGAUGCCCAUGGGCACGGGGGUGAUGGAGCUGAGCCCAGCUCGCCCCUAAAGGAGGCCCCAGGGGCUGAGAACCAGGGGCGUGGAGUUCUAAAGGCGGUCGUCUGCAGCCCAGAGCCAUGUCCUGCUGCCAGCCUGGAGGUUGGCCAGGUGGGGCCCCCAAGCCCAGUGGAGGAGGGAAGGGCCGCCCUGGGGCCCAGGCUUCCCGUGGCUGUGGCCUCAGAGGCUGGGCUGGGCUCCUGCCCAGAGUCUCCAUCAGGGGCUGUACCCAGGCUGGGAGGGAGCUGUCCCAAAGAUCCUGCCCUGGCACUUCCACUGCCCUCAAGGCAGCCAGAGCCCAUGCGGGGCCUGCACAGCGGAGAGCAGGCCCGGGCAGCCCCGGGAGCCCUCAGCUCCUCCCCGCCGCAGCCUCCACAAAGCCCCCUAGGGGGCCUGCCCGGUGCACCCCAAGCCAGCAUCCAGGGCGCUGAGUCCUCUGCUCCUGGUGUCCUCAUGCAGACAGUCCCACCCGCCGCGGCACCCCCUGCCCCCUGCCCUUGCCAGGUCCCCGGGGAAGACCCGGGGGAGGGCACGGAGCCCCUGGGCUCUCUGGGACUCCCACCACCACGGGCAAGAGCCCAGCGGGCGGUGGCUGCCUUCUCAGGGACCAAGAAUCCCCCCGCGGCCGGGCAGGUCAGCCUCCCACCCCACUCGCCCCUCCUCAGCCCCAAGGCGGCCCCCAAGGGGGCUACCCAUGCCAAAGACCUGGCCUCGAGGAUCUCGCCCCCCUGCCAAGUGCCUCCUGGCUCUGGGCUCCGGAGCCCAGCUGGACCUCGAGGGCUGCCAGCCGCCAAGCAGCAGGAUGACCAGGACAGUUUGGAAGAAGACUCGCCGCAGGCUCCGGGCUCCGGCCAGCACUCGGACAGCCACGGGGAGUCGUCGGCCGAGCUGGAGGAACAGGACCUCUCGGGACCGCGGACCGCGCAGUGCCCAGCCCAGGCCCCGGCAGGCGGCGGGAGCGAGGAGACCGUCACCAAAGUCAAGCAGAGCCGCAGUGAGAAGAAGGCCCGAAAGGCGAUGUCCAAGCUGGGCUUACGACAGAUCCAGGGGGUCACCAGGAUCACCAUCCAGAAGUCCAAGAACAUCCUCUUUGUCAUCGCCAAGCCUGACGUCUUUAAGAGCCCGGCCUCGGACACCUACGUGGUCUUCGGCGAGGCCAAGAUCGAGGACCUGUCCCAGCAGGUGCACAGAGCUGCGGCUGAGAAGUUCAAGGUACCCUCGGAGCCCUCAGCCCUGGUCCCCGAGUCAGCGCCGGGGCCGAGGGUGAGGCCAGAGUGCAAGGAGGAGGAAGAGGACGACGACGAGGAGGUGGACGAGACGGGCCUGGAGCUUCGGGACAUUGAGCUGGUGAUGGCGCAGGCCAACGUGUCAAGGGCCAAGGCCGUGCGGGCCCUGAGGGACAACCAGAGCGAUAUCGUCAACGCCAUCAUGGAGCUGACAAUGUAG